GGUGAUGUAGACACGUGUUAUGUCCAAGUUGGUUACGAGAGACAAUUUCGACCAUCAACAUCAUGGUUUUUUUUUACACAGUUAGUUACAUGAAGCUAUUUGGGGUAACGCCAGUGAGGAGUACGUUAGCAUGCAGUUAGGCAUCAGCAGUAAGCUAGCCAGAUAACCACUGUGCUACUGUUUUCUGCGACUGCAGCCUUUGGGAGUUUGUUCUUUAGUUCCAUCUAUUCGACUCCAGAAAGCACAAAGUGUUUUUUGCAGCGUUCAACUCAUUUCAGGCCGUUAGCUCUGCUGUAGCACCGCGUACGUUAGGAUCGCGUGUCAGUGACGUCGCGUAAAGAUGAUCCAAUUAAAUCGAUGAAUGCAAAGGACCGUUGAUGACGGUCAACAUUUUUUUUUCUCCCUGUGCUCGGCCACCAUUUUGGGAGUCAAAACACCCACCAGAUAACAACGCACACCUCCACGCUUCUCCGUGGCCUUACUAUGGUUCAUACAUGUGUGGUGGCAGGCUGUAGGAACAGAAGGACACCAGGCACCACCUUAUCUUUCUACCGUUUCCCCCGGGACCCCGAGAGGAAGCAGCGCUGGAUAGCUGCUGUGAACCGAGAGGGCUGGGUGCCGAACGACGGCAGUCGGCUGUGUAGUACUCACUUCAUCUCAGGUAAACAGGUGAAGAAUCCGCGUUCGCCAGAUUAUGUUCCUUCCGUGUUCACGACAGCUCCCUUAUCCCCAGAGAUGAAAGAGCCAGGUGCCUUGGAAAUUCUGGACAAGCAGGAAGCGCGCGUGGAGGCGGCCAACGCCUUGUUGUUUCUGCAGGGCCAGGGCAGGUCUGUGGUGGGGGAGCGGGACCAGAAGGAUCAUCCUGAGGAGAGGGAGCCAGAGGCCAUCGUCGAGGAAAGUACGUCCUCUUCCCUCAGCACUGAUGAAGAAGACGAGGAUGAUGGAUCUAUGAGUGACAGCAAGAAAGGAAGGUUUGUUCAGACGUCUGACACGCCUCUUAACUUUGACGAUAUCCUGAAAGCCCUUAAGAAGGAGAACCAGACCCUCAGGGAGUCGGUGGAGAAAAUGUCCCUCGCUGAGGGCUCCUUGAGGAAUGAUGCAGAGAAAGUAAAGUUUUACACUGGUUUACCCAACUACUUUGUCCUAGAGACAGUCAUGUGGCUGCUGGCACCUCACAUGGAUGGAAUGAAAAACGUGAAGCUCUCCAAGUUCCAGCAGUUGCUGCUGACACUGAUGCGACUCCGUCUGGACCUCCGCAACCAAGACCUGGCAUACCGCUUUGGUGUGAAAGUUGGCACAGUAACCAGGACAGUGCACCAGAUGGUCAGCAUCAUGUCCUCCACUCUGGUGCCGACAGCCGUCUUCUGGCCCUCUAGAGCCGAGCUUCGGAAAAACCUGCCGGCGGCUCUGCGUGCCUCCCACCCUGACUGCGCUGUCAUCAUAGACUGUUUCACGGUGCCUUUUGAGGAGCCGGUUUCCAGGGGCAACCAGCAACAGCAGCAGCAGAGGGUGGUGCCAAACUCUCAAGGUGUGGGGACAAGUUAUAAUGUGUUGAAGUAUCUGAUUGGUGUGGCUCCACAAGGCGUGGUCACCUUUGUCUCUAGGGGCGUGCUGGGAAACGUCAGUGACAAAAGCCUGGCUGAGGGCUGCGGCCUUCUGUGCAAGCUUCUCCCCGGCGAUGUCGUCUUGGCGAGUCGCGAUCUCGACAUUGCGGAUUCUGUGGCUGCCCGUGGAGCCCUGUUUAAAAUAGCCGGGAGCUCGGAGGGCUCACCACCGGCUGAUACUUCCUCUGAGACGGCGAGCGUGCAGAGGCAUGUGGACAGGGUGAUCUCCAUGGUGAAGCAGAGGUACUCCAUGCUCACAGGCCCUGUUGAGAGCCCCUUCACCGCAGCCUCUGAGCGCACAUCGAACCUCUCUACCUUUGAUAAGAUUGUGCAAGUUGCCUGUGCCUUAAACAACCUGUGCAUCUCUGCAGCUCCACUAGAGUGAUUUGUGGAAAAAUGCCUAGUGCUCCUUAAUGCUGGUCGAGCACUUAAGUUCCCUUUACUGCUUUGGACCUUAUUCUGUGUUCUCCCACUACAACCCUGUGUCAGCACUACAGAAUUACCACAGAAAACUGAUUUAUACUUAUUCACUUUAAUUUACACUUCCAGCAUAUGUGUUUCCCCACUAUUUAGGUCAGUCUGUACUUGGAGAUAGGAGCACUUCUCUCAAAUCCAGAAACCACAUUGCUGAGAUGUGAUGUCAUUAAGUUAUGCAACACAACUGACAAAGAAUGGCAGGCUUGCAGAGGAUGUUAUUUUUUUUAUUUAGGUUUUGAAUGACAACUGUGUGACUAAAAUGUACCUUUAGCCAUUUGUAAAUACUGAGGUAUGUAAACUGUUUGGGUGGUAUAGACAAUAUUCCCACUGA